AUGACUGAAGCGGAAGCCACAAGCAGCGAAAAACCAGAAAAGUAUGAGGGAGCGAUCGACUGGAGCUCGUUGCUGGAUGCGGCCAAUGAUCCGGAACUCGCAGAAUUACUCCAGUCACCGGUGGACAGUGCCAUUGCUAUUCUUAAAACAGGGCGCGAAGUCCAAAAACUGUCAAUAAUCCGAACUUUGAGUGAUUUAAUGGAAAACGAUGGCGACCAGGUUGUCGAGAAGGUCAUGCCACUUGUACAGCAAAUGUUGGCCGAUGAGUAUUCGAAUCUGGACAUGCAGUGCGAAGCCGCUAUCUCAUACAAGAAUAUUUAUCGAAACAGCAAGCUCACUUUACAGUUCCCGUAA